AUGCUAUCGUACGAAAGAUACCGAAAUUACCUCGCUAGCGACACGGAUGAGUCUGAUGCAGGCUCACUUAGCCCUCGACGGUGCACCAAGGAUGUUGACAACGACGUCCUUUUUGCUUUGGAUGAACAGUUGGAGGAGUUGUCUCUUCGCGGCAGUUGCGGUGCUGAGUCCAGACCGGACGAAGGCGGCACCUUCACUCCUGGGGCGGACCGUCCAGUGUUGGAACAGGGUCCAGGUGGCGCAGCACAAUCCAACACUGGCUUUCCCUCUCGACAGCCGACCGGCGGUCGUUUCAUGUUCUCCUCGCACGCUAAUGACAAUCAGGCGGGCAGCAACAACAACAACAACAACAACGAGAAGUUGCAACCGGCUACCGGAUGGAAUCCGGGUUUUCCCCCUUGUGGUGAAGAUGGCGGCAUCACGCCUUUUUCCAUGGCAGCCCAUCUCGUGAAGGGAGAUGAGAACACUGCGGACAGUUUUCUCGGAGCUGGUGUCCUCAUAAGUGCGGACUCUGGUCUGCCACCG